AUGGCCUCUUUUCUCAUUCUAUCCACAUUCUGCACCCUGUCAGCGGCCUCCUCCAUCGUGACCCAUGGCUUUGGCAUUUCUGAGAACAAUGCAGCACCUGAAUAUUCAACUUCUUAUCUCCCAGGCGUUUUUUGCGACCGAUUCUACCAGAUCUGGCUGGAAAACAUCGACUACGCCGAUGCUGCCAAAAACACUGACUUGAAGUGGUUAGCGGAGAAAGGAAUCACUUUAACCAAUUACUUUGCUACUGGCCACACCAGCGAGCCUAACUACUGUGCCGCUGCUUCGGGCGACAGUUAUGGAAUGGACAAUGACAAUUUUCACCAGAUACCCAGCAAUGUGUCGACCGUGGUGGAUCUUCUGAAUACGAAAGGUAUCUCUUGGGCCGAAUACCAGGAGGACAUCCCUUCGGUUGGAUACGAGGGUGAGAGUUUCUCAAACAAGCAUCAUGAUCUAGCAUAUGUUCGAAAGCACAACCCAUUGGUUCUAUUCGACAGUAUUACGAAUAACGCCACUGCGUUGAAAUCAAUCAAGAGUUUCUCGAGCUUUGAGGAUAAUCUAAAGGCCCAGAACCUACCUCAAUGGGCCUUUUUCACCCCAAACAUGACAAACGACGGCCAUGAUACCAGCCUUGCUUACGGUGCAAAUUGGAUGCGUGGUUUUAUAACAGGGUUGAUGGAUAACACAUAUUUCUGGAAUAAAACCAUGAUUCUGCUCACAUUCGACGAGACAGAGACAUAUGCCGAACCGAACCGUGUAUUCUCCAUCCUUGUUGGGGGCGCAAUCCCCACACACCUUGUCGGUAUCAGCGACAAUACCCUUUAUACCCACUACUCUACUAUAUCCACCGUUUCAGCAAAUUGGGGUCUACCCUCACUCGGUCGCUGGGACUGCGGCGCCAAUAUUUUCGGACCGGUGGCUGACAUGGUCAACCACACCAAUUGCGUCGUGGAUACGACCAAUCUUUAUCUCAAUGAAUCUCUGCCUGGUCCACUGGAGGCCUUGGGAUAUUCCAAAUAUCGGUCUAGCUGGCCCGUGCCGACCACAGAUGACUCCUGUUCAGCCGGCAACGGGAUUCUUCAGGCCGUGAUUGACGCUUACAAAGGCCGAAAGCCGACUUACAACUACACCACACCAUUUCCGUACGAUACCACUGCGGGUCUUGAUCUAGACGUCACGUUUACUUGUAAUGGCACGACCUAUGUGUCCGGGGUUAAUACUAGCGGUGCUAUUGGACACGCUGCGGGGGUGAUCAGCUCCAAGCUGACCAAUGCCGAGAGUCGGGCAAACCCUGCCUCGUUCCUUUCUCUAGCCGUUGCGUUGGGUACUCUCCUUGUGACAAGUGAAUGGUCAUGGCAUUAA